UCUAAUUAAAAAGUUUAUCUGUCAAAGUGUUGUCGACUGGGUACAUACUUUGUGCUAUUUAUUUUUAACAAAGAUACUAGUUUCUAAAUAGCUAACGAUAUUAUAACCCUAAUACUCAUAUCAAAAGUUAAAUUAUUUGUUUAAAAUGUUUUUACCUGGAUAGCUGUUAAAACUUAUGAAGUAGAAGUUAUAAUUAGAUUACAAAAUGAAGGAAGAGGAGUUGACAUAUAUAUUAAAUCUGCUUGAUAAGCUAACAGGAGAAAUUUAUGAUGAAAUUAUACAACUGCACUAUGACAUUGAAGAAUCCAAACCAUGCAAGGAGUUCAGCAAUGAAACAAUAGAGUUUAUAAAAGUGAACUUAAAAAACAAUCCUGUGACCACAUCUACAAUCCUAUCUUACAUACAACAACAUGCUCAGAGCGACGAUCCUAAUGUCAACAAAAUACAGACCCUUUAUCUGGACAUCUUGAAAUAUGAGCUGAGCGAAACCAACUCUAUUGAUAGGCUUAUAACUUUGAUAUCACUAGUGAGAUGGAAAGAGCCCCUCUUGCCGCAAUUCAUCACACAAAUUCUACAACCAAUCUCUGAAGAACAUUAUAGGCAAUAUAGAAAGCAAAUCCUGCUUUCUCUUAUACCUCAUGAGAGACCCAACCUUUUACACGUUGCCUCAGAGUUGAUGCAGAAAAAUGAGCCACAGAAAGAGUUUAAACUCACUCCAGAAUAUAUGCUCGAACUAUGUUACCAGGACAGGACACACUGGCUGCUGAAAGCUGCCCAGGUGUACAAACAACAGGUGCAUGACAUGAAGAAUGUCACUUUCAAAAUCAACAACUUCACUAAGCAGAUUCUCAUCAUGGUGCUCAUAGAUCUCACAAACAGUCCUGAAACAUUUGAUCUAACAUCUCUAGUGCAUCAGCUCACCAACAUAUUCUCAAUUUUAGAUACAUAUACAACAGCUGAUAACCAGCUACAAUUUUAUAUAACUGAAGUGAAAAGAGAAUUGACAAUAAUCAAAUUCUGUUUAGAAAACAAUUGUAAAAUUAUGACCACUUCUAUUUUUAGUCAGCUAUUGGCACAGAGUGCUCUGGCGGUGAUAUCUCAAGUAUGUAGACUUUCUAAAGUAGAUAGAUAUAAAGUCUCAAGACUUUUAAAUACGAAUAAUGAUUUUAUUGCCGAGUUAAAAACUUUGAAGAAUAAAUCUAACAUUAAAGUUCAGGAUAAGUAUUGCUCUAACUGGGAUGUUAUGACAUAUAACAGUUACUGUGCUAUAACGAAGAUUAUAGAUACAAUAGUGAACUCGUCUGAAGGUGUUGAGAAUGCCCAGGACACUGUAUCAUCCUUGGACGAAUUAAAACGCCUAGUCUUAUCUAUACAGCCCCCACAGAGCUGUAUUGAAGUGAUCGAGAAUAUUUUCUCAUGUCUUUUCUUGAGAUAUGAAUAUUUUUCGUGUCACGAGCACAGUCAGGACUAUCCCUGCGGUGCACACUCAGAUUGUUCAUAUUUUUACGCAAAAAAGCAGACAACAAAUUCAAAAACCGGUAAUAAUAAUACUUCGGGCUUUAUGUGUAACUCUUACACAACUCAGCUAGUAUUAAAUACAUUGAAGCUAUGUUUAGAGAAGUUGGAAGAAAAGUCGGAAGUUUUGGACAAUGAACAGGAGAUAUCAUUGAGGCUCAAAAAGUUGGUGAAGGUGGUGAACCAUUCUAUUUGGAAGCUGCAGUUAGUGUCGACGUUGUCUCCCGACACUAGCCCGUUGCCAUUGAAGCUUUGUUUAGACUAUGUCGAAGUGGACGAGAGUAGUGAAGACGAAGCUCGAGAGAUGGACCUUAAGGCUUUCAGGAAAAAACCGAAAACUCGAAGGAGGAAUACCAACGCAAAACACGAUGUCGACCAAGUUAUGUUCGCGUCAACUGUGUCUGACGAAACAUAUCCAUCUAAAAGAGGCAACGGCAUAGAUUUCAUAUCAAUCAUGCUGGCAAAACCUACAAGCCUCGUCGCUCUUGCACUGUACCAUAAUGACUUCUCCAAAGCCAAUCAGAUUUUAGAGAUGUUUGACCUAGCGGAUUCCGAAAUAGCUACGGAAGUAACAUUUACGGAACACCUGCGUAACUUGAUAGCGAAGAUAAAAAAUAUAAUUUACUAUAGAGAUGACACUCGUUACCCAACCAAAGAACUAUCAGCUUUAUCUGUCGUGUCCACGGAGGUCAUGGGGCUCGUUGAAGGGUUCCUGGCCUCGAAUAGGGCUCCAAACUCCUUCGAUAUCAUAGAACUUGGAGCUCGACAUCCGCACUUGCAAUUAUACAAUCACCAAAACGCCCCCUUCAUAAACGCAGUCGAUAUAUUACUGAGUAGUGGACUGAACCGCGAGAUCACUUACGGACUGAUAAAUGUCGUGGAGAGAAAGCUCGCAGAAGUAAGAAGCUGCACCGAUAUCGCAGCAGUCAAAAAAACCAACUACAUACGCUUCGUCGAAGACAUUGCCAGCGUCACAUUCGAAAUCUUCGGUAACACUGAAAAGUCUUUUAGCUUUAUCGACAACAUCUGUGGACUGAUCACAGAUUGUCGCAUCCCUGUUAAACAUAAAGAGUUUUGUAAACUAAAUCAACUCUCUAAAGAACUGAGGCAGUCAUGCGAGGACUUGGUAGACAUUGUGUCUUCGAAUGAAACCGUGGAGCUAGACCCUAACUUACUUCAGAAAUACCACCAAAUUUAUAUGAACGUAGUUGCUGCGUCAGAUAAGGAUAUAUGCAAUAUAUCAGAAGUCUCGCGCCAAGGUAGCAGAAAAGCCAGAAUACCAUACCUAAGGAUGUGUUACAUGUACUGUAAGACUGUGUCUCAACUGGAACAAGAAGACAAUCGUUCUGUUGACAGCGGUUCAGAGACGCCAUAUUUCUCAGUCCUCGAACGACAACUUCACGACAUAUUUGGUAAUAUGAUAAAUAACAAAGAAAUCCCAGUCACUAAUCUGGAACCAAUAUGUAAAAAGUUAAAUGUCAAUCUCAUACCAAAGCUUAUAUUAAACUUCUGUCCGUCCAUCACACUGGCUGGGCCGCAAAAAGAAGCAAGCGAAGUGAACUUCAACAAUCUGCUUCACGUCGUAUAUGACUUUAAGAAUCCGGAAGAAAACUUGUUCCUGGACCCAGUUACGAAUUUCGCCCCUCUACCACGAUCUCCUGACCCGCAGUGCCUUACGUACGUCGUUCUACAUAACUGGGUCUUAGCUCAUAUCAUCAAGAAGAUUCAUACUUCCCAUAACGAAAACAGUCUGCAACAGAGCAUGGAUGCUCGUACCAAAUGCUUGAACAAUUACAUGGAGUUGGAGAGAUUCAAUUGCACGAAAUAUUUGUUCGGUGGCAAUAAAUAUCUGGCGUCUCUUCACACGACUGUUGAUCUUGACAAGUUGUUUUUGUUCAUGCCUCAAUUGAUUGAAUCUGGAAAAAUCCUUAAAUGUCUUAACAUAAUAGACUCUCUCUCAGAACGUCAGUUGGCUUGUAGUGCGAACUUGUCGAAUUUGAGAGAUUUAAUACUUUUUAAACUGGCAACAAAUCCAAAAAUACCGAACAAUUGGAAGUAUUGCCAGUUUCUGAAAUGUCCCGACUUGAAAGUGGACUUAAUAUUGAAUAACUUGAGUGUAUGGUCGGCGGAUGGCGCGUUAGAAGUGUUGGACUAUCUUCGUUUCCUUUUAAACCAAGAUCUAUUAGACGAUGGAUUAUAUGAAAAAUGUUCGGAUUGGAUAGUGAAAAUACCCUUGUAUGACCAGAUAGCAGCAAUAAUGGGCUCAAAUCAUUGGUACGACAUCUAUGAAAAAUCAAUAGAAAACCCGGAGAGUGUCAUCGAAGUCCUUAUGGAUAGUCAGCAGUUCAAACUAUGUUUGGAAUGGGCCGACGCACAUGAAGUAUCAGAGAACAUGAAAAAUCUCAUUGUGAUGAACUUAUUAAGACAAUUGUUCGAAUAUACAAAUCAGGCAACACCAGAGCUUGUAAGCCAGCUACUCCUACGCUUACCAACUUCUCAAGCCAUGGACCUCAUUCAGGACGAGAUGUCUAAAGUUCGAAAUGUGGAAAUACUCCAAGUCUGUGUAGAUUUCGUCUCUGGAAACUCCUUCGAUUGGAAAUCAUUUGAAAACAUUAAAAUAGGACUCCAAAUCAUGCUAGAAAUAGACCCGAACUGGCGGCAUAUGUUCUGGGACCUCAUAGAAAGUCCGUUGCUUAUGCUCGAGCAAUUCUUAAUGAAUGCAAAGCUGGACGUGCUUGCUAACAUUGUGAACAAGAUUUCUCCGAGCCUGAAGAAAGACCCCACUGGAGACAAUCUCUACUACAAUAUAAAGUCGAUUGAAAGUCUAGUCAUAUCCCGGAAUGCCGUUGAUGCGUUAUUGAGAUUUUACGCUGAAAAGGCUCUAGACAUGAGGAAUCCAAGAAACGUCUGUCCAGCGCCUCCGAAACCUUCUGAUGACUCGUUGUUACAAUCUAUAGAUUCGAUCAAUAUUGAGGCGGCGAACAAGCCUUUUGUGAUGCCAGAACAAGUACCAAGCAAAGAGCAAUGGGCAGAGGACUACUCGACAGACCGAUGCAUGUUAUGCCAUGCGUCGAUGUUCUCCAUGAUCAUCCGCAGACACCACUGCCGUCGCUGCGGUCGCCUUGUAUGCCAUGCGUGUUCGAGACACAGGAUGCAUGUCCCGACGUACCCAAGUGGAGUAAAAUUUCGAGUUUGCGAUGACUGCUACACACAGACAAUGAAUAAGAAGGCUAAUUCCGAUCAGGAUAUGAUGCUCAGUAGUAAUUCUGAUUCGGCGGGCAGCGGGGUCACCUGCAUGGACUGGUGCCUGUCAACAAACGCUAAUAGGAACGACGCUGUUCGGACCGAGUUCAGUUAUGAGUUUACCCCAAAUGUGACGCUCUGUCUUUCUAUUAUGAAGAUGCAUUCGAUUAACUUAGAUUAUCCAAGGUUCCUGUUAGACCGCAGUGAUGAGGUGGCACGGGAGUUGUCGCACGGUGGUGAUGCUCGUCUGCUGGUGAGAGCCAGGCGGUCUCUGCUACUCGCCGCCGCAGAACUCUACUCCAGAACUCCACAUGAAUCUACGGGUGCGGGUGGUCGUAUAGUGGUGGCCGAGACGGGCGCGCUUCACGCCGCGCGUUGCCUCGCCCACGCGGACGCUAUGGCCACGCUCGUCACACAUCAAGCUCAACACCUCGUACCACACCAUGGAGCGCAUCCUAGUCAAAUCGUGAGAUCACUCCUCGAAGCCGAAAAAUGGGAAUUGGCGCUAGAAAUAGCAACAAAAUCAGGUCUGCCAAGGAACAGCGUACUAGCCGCAUGGGGCAAAGCGUGUCUCAAAGCUGGUUGUUUCAAACAAGCUCGGGAGAAAUUUGCGCAUUGCUUCAAAAAUGCCUUAAACGUGUGUGCGGAGGUAACAGAAGAUUGCGAAUUCGGUAAAGAAGCGUCUGAAUCUCAGUUUGUUAAUAGAAGGCUGAAUAAUAUGAGGUACUCGGAGCGGACGAGUUCUAUGUCAAGUGUGCAGUCUGAUGGCCGGCCGCGGUCCAACCCGCCACUGCUGAACGAGAUUAUAAGCAUGCUUGAAGAUAUGAACUACCCUGUUAAUCAACAGCUGUUGAACAAAGCUGAAACUAUUAAGUCCACAAACGAGAAACUAACAACAAUGAACACUAACAAAAAGAAGAUACAACUCAGCGAACCGGCUCUCAACAUCAUGCACACUCUAGCAAGCGUCAAGAAGAUCAAACAAGGGGACUACAGCGACUUCCAAACAGCUGUCAUCCCCCCCAAGAAGAGCCUCGCUCAAGGCCUAUUGAGACGGAACAACAACCACACCGAACCAAAAAUAGACCACCAACACAAAAGACUCGACCCCUUCUUCUACAAAGAGUGUGUUUUCUACCUCACCAACUACGGUUCCCAUACGGCAAAUAUUGCCUUUUACAUGAAGCAUAGCAACUUGAGCGAGGUCAUUCGGUAUUGUUAUGAUAAUCUGGUUGAUAAGGAGACGUUCACCGAAUCUGUGUAUAUGGAGUGCUUGAAGAAGGAUAAGGUUAAUGACCUGUUGAAGGCCAUGAGCGAUAUUGAUUCUACGCUUGAUAUGUGGGCGGAGUACAUAAUGCACAUCUGCCGCACGCUGGAGAUGUCCCGGCGGCUGGAGGCGUUGUACGCGGUGCAGUGCGGCAGCGGGCAGGCGGCGCGCGCGGCCGCCACGUGCGCGCUGCUGUACGCGCGGCCCGCGCCCCCGCCCGCGCCCGCGCCCCCGCCCGCGCCCGCCGCGCCCCCGCCCGCGCCCCCCUCGCGCACCUUCACGGCGCUGCAGACGCGCCAGCACCACCUCAGCGCCGCGCUGCACCACCUCGCCAACUGCGUGCCCGCGCCGCUCAAAACGAGCGACUCCAGAUCAUUCCAUUUCAACUUGGACAAAGCGACAAUCGACAACCUCAUGACGACAAUCACGCGACAAAUCGAGUUAGCGAAGUUCCUGGCGGCGUGUGAGGCUAGCGGCCGACUGACGGAGAAAGUACUGAACGAGGCGAUACCCAUACAGAACCCGCGCAAAGACACCGACACGCCGGACUACAGACCGCUGACACUGUUCGGAUCUAAUACAGAUAAGAUAAGACUCGUUGCCGUCGUGCUAGCCAGUGGGCCCACCAUAGAGGUUGGAUAUGAAUUGGCUAUCAAGAUAAUAACUGAACAUAAGUUGGACUCGAUGAACAUUUACAUACACGUCGCAAGAUUUCUGGUCCAUUCUGACAGAUUCAUGGAAGUUAAAACUCUGGCGAAGUGUAUAAGGGCGUCCAAAGAAACGGCGGCAAGUUUGAUGAGCGAUCAAGUAUUGGAGUCGGGCGUCAGCGCAGUGGUGUCUCGCUGUGAAUCACGGGGACUAUUGUACGACGAACAGGCUGAAAUCCUCAUUAGCGAUAUACACAGCGUUACUAUUAAGAUAUCAUGUUACCUAGUAUGUCACAACGUGAGCAGCGCCUACAUUCUAGCCGCUCGCAACGACCGGACGAACGAUCUACGUAGAGUGUUGCAGGAGGCUGAGCGACUUGGAAAUGAUCAAGUCAGAAACGCUUGCCUCAAACGACUCACAUCCAAAAAUGUACUGUGAUGCCAUAAAGCAGUCAGGGCUUCAGAUAUACGCUUUUUAAGCGCUGACUAUCGCUAUUAGCCGCGCUUUUGGGAGGAAAAUUAAAGCUUUAAGCGUUACAGUUGCGCUUGUUUUGAAUUAAUGACCUUACAAGCGCGAAUUGUUUACGCAACAUCGGAAAUAAGAGCUAUCAUGUUACUAAAAAGAUUUGUUACGACUCAGUUUAUAAACUGUUUAUUAUAUUGCAAAUGUAAAAUGGAAUUUAUUAUUUAGUUGUUGAAUCUACUUGUAUGCUCGAAAAUGAAAAAUAAUAAGGUACUUUCAAAAUUCUUUAUAAACUAUAUGCAAUUGCUUUAAAGCACUUUGAACAAAAAUAAAUUAAUGUGUAAGACAUGUAAAUUGGCGUAAACUUUUUAUACCUAGAAGUUGGGCGCAUGUGAAGCCCAAUGUAGAUUUUUAUAUUAUACUUGGGCAUACUGGUGCAAUAGCAAUGCCUGCAUUUUCAAAUGUGAUAUUAUGACGAUUUAUAUGUAUUUGACAUGUUUAAAUAGAUCUUGUUUUACUAUGACUGAUUGCCAGCUUAUAAUUUGUAAUCAGUAUUAUUUCUAUGGGUGUUCAUUGGAAAAUGUUUUUAUAAGAGAGAAUAUAAAUAUAUUUUGCUAAAAGGUGAUAUGAUAUAACCCAUCAAGUUAUGCUAAAUUAAAAUCAGUAAUUAUUUCAUUGUAUUAACUACAUAAUGUAUUGGUCUCAUAUUGUGAUAUCAGAUUGUUAACACAUAAUCUUCAUUCAUAUUAAAAAUAAAGUCAAGUUUUAUUA